CCAUAAAUAAAGCCAGGCCAAAGUGUAGCCAAGUUCAUUCCUAAUCAUAUUGCACUCGUUCCCGUUCUCAUCAUUUUUCGUCGUCCACAAUGCAGCAAGACGCCAAAAUUAGUCAAGACCCCGAAAGGCUCAGCUCUCACCCUUCCAGUUGCGUACCAGCCGAGAAGUCAGUGCUCAACGGUCAAGCUGUGCAAGAUGACUGCUCCCAGAUCAAACUCGACCCCGAAGAACACCCGUUCAAUUGGCCCGCGCAAAAGGAGUGGAUGGCGACGAUAGUCAUUGUCCUCAUGACUGCGAAUAUCACCUUCUGCUCGAGUGUUCACGCUGCGGCAAUCCCAGGCGUCACCGAAACAUUUGCAUGUUCUCCGACCGUCGCAACGUUGGGAGUAACGACAUUCCUCGUCGGAUUUGCCUCAGGCCCCAUGUUAUUCGCACCGCUCUCGGAAGCAUUGGGAAGAGAGAUUGUCUUCCGUAUUACCAUGUUUCUUUUCUUCUGCUUCAACAUCGGCUGUGGGCUAUCGCCUAACCUUCCUGCUCUUCUGAUACUGCGAUUCUUCAGUGGCUUCUUUGGGUCACCCGUUGUGACCAACAGCGGCGGAUGCUUGGCCGACAUCUGGCCUCAAAGCCAUCGUUCGGUUCCAUUUGCACUGUUCACGACGGGCAGUUCCCUCGGUCCAGUCCUAGGGCCAGUGGCAGGAGGUUUCAUAUCGCAGCACCUGAACUGGAGAUGGCUCUAUUGGGUUGUGACCAUCAUUGCCGCAGUCGCAUACACCGCUAUGCUCUUCUUCCUUCCCGAGACAUACACGAAAACGUUGCUCGAACGUAAAAUGGCAAAGGUCGGCAUGAAGCCCCCACGGCAAUCCUUCAAAGAGCAAUACUCCACUCGUUCGAUGACGUAUGACACUAAGCUUCCAAGCACCCUUCAUCUACCUUGACCAAGAGGAAGAAUAUUUUCCGAGUGAUUUUGGGGCUUUCCUCGAGCACGUGAUUCCAAUGAACGGAACCAAGCCAUUUAGCCCACCGCUAAAUACUCGUCCCUGUUUGAACAACUUGGACCUGUUGAAUCAAUACGGCAGCUCGGGUG